CUUGUAGCUUCGGCCCAGGCGUAAUCUCCGCGCAGUCGUUCCGCGUACUUGGAUCUGAUUGAUCUAGUUAACUAUUGUGUCUGAUGUUUGUCAUACAGCCAAAUGAACGCCUGCGCCACCGGCCGUGCCCGGGAAAGUGUAAGGUGCAUCCGAUGGAAUGUUCUGCCGCUAGGGCGCAAGUCAAAAGGCAUAUAAACCUGGUGUCCCUCACUUUCGAUUCGCUUUAUCUUCAGUACCGAUCUCAAGUCUCAACCUCAACAUGUUGAGAUCGCUGCUACUUCUUGUACCCCUUGUGGGCGCUGCCGUGAUCGGUGCCAGGGACAACAGCCAUGACUGCCCUGGUUACAAGGCCACAAAUAUCAAGGAGGGUCGCGAUUCAUUAACGGCGGAUUUGACGUUGGCUGGUAAACCGUGCAACACUUACGGCACCGACUUGAAGAAUCUGAAACUUCUUGUUGAGUACCAAACUGAUAAACGUCUCCAUGUCAAGAUCUAUGACGCGGAUGAGGAGGUUUACCAAGUCCCCGAGUCGGUUCUCCCUCGCGUGGAUGGCAAAGGUGGAUCGAGCAAGAAGCCGGCGCUCAAGUUCGACUACCAGGCGAAUCCUUUCUCCUUCAAGGUCAAGAGGGGCCGCGAGGUGCUCUUCGACACCUCUGGUUCGAACCUGAUCUUCCAGUCGCAGUAUCUGAAUCUCCGCACCUGGUUGCCCGAGGACCCUAAUCUCUAUGGUCUCGGCGAGCACACUGAUUCUCUUCGCCUGGAGACCACCAACUACACGCGUACGCUGUGGAACCGUGACGCGUAUGCUAUUCCUGAGAAGACCAACCUGUACGGUACUCAUCCCGUGUACUAUGACCAUCGUGGCCAAGACGGCACUCACGGUGUCUUCCUGCUGAACUCCAACGGCAUGGACAUCAAGAUCGACAAGACCGAGGAUGGCAAGCAGUACUUGGAGUACAACACUCUGGGAGGUGUUUUUGACUUUUACUUCUUUACCGGUGCUACUCCCAAGGAUGCCAGCAUCGAGUAUGCGAAAGUCGUCGGUCUUCCCGCUAUGCAGUCCUACUGGACGUUCGGUUUCCACCAAUGCAGAUACGGCUAUCGCGAUGUGUUUGAGGUCGCUGAGGUUGUCUACAACUACAGCCAGGCGAAGAUUCCGCUGGAGACCAUGUGGACCGACAUUGACUACAUGGACAGACGUCGGGUGUUCACACUUGACCCUGAGCGAUUCCCUCUGGAAAAGAUGCGUGAGUUGGUGUCAUAUCUCCACAACCACAACCAGCACUACAUCGUCAUGGUUGACCCCGCCGUCAGCGUGAGCGACAACGUCGGCUACAACGAUGGCAUGGAGCAAGGCAUCUUCCUGCAGACCCAGAACGGUAGCCUCUACAAGGGUGCCGUCUGGCCUGGUGUGACUGCGUAUCCCGACUGGUUCCACCCUAACAUCCAAGAGUACUGGAACGAACAGUUUGCCAAGUUCUUCGACCGCAAGACCGGCGUCGAUAUUGACGGUCUGUGGAUCGAUAUGAACGAGGCCGCCAACUUCUGCCCUUACCCUUGCAGCGAUCCCGAGGGCUACUCUAGGGACAACAGCCUUCCUCCUGCCGCUCCCCCGUUCCCCUCAUCCUCGUCGAAGCGGUCCACCAAGGGAUCCAAGGUUGGCCUGCCUAACCGUGACCUGAUCAACCCUCCGUACAUGAUCCGCAAUGAAGCCGGCUCCCUCAGCAACAAGACCAUCAACACAGACAUCAUCCAUGCCGGCGAGGGAUAUGCCGAGUAUGACACUCACAACCUUUAUGGUACCAUGAUGAGUUCUGCUUCUCGCAAUGCCAUGCAGCACCGCCGCCCUGAAGUGCGGCCUUUGGUCAUCACUCGCAGCACAUAUGCUGGUGCUGGCGCCCACGUUGGACACUGGCUUGGUGACAACAUCUCCGAGUGGAGCAAGUACCGCAUCUCGAUCGCGCAGAUGCUUGCGUUUGCCUCGAUGUUCCAGGUGCCCAUGAUCGGAUCAGACGUGUGCGGAUUCGGCGGCAACACCACCGAGGAGCUCUGCGCUCGCUGGGCCCGUCUCGGAGCCUUCUACACCUUCUUCCGCAACCACAAUGAAAUCACCGGCAUCCCGCAAGAGUUCUACCGCUGGCCCACCGUUGCCGAGUCCGCUCGCAAGGCCAUCGACAUCCGCUACAGGUUGCUUGACUACAUCUACACAGCCUUCCACCGGCAGACGCAGACCGGCGAGCCCUUCCUGCAGCCCAUGUUCUACCUCUAUCCCAAGGACAAGAACACCUUCAGCAAUCAGCUGCAGUUCUUCUACGGCGACGCCAUCCUGGUCAGCCCCGUGACCGACGGGAGCCAGACUUCGGUCGAUGCAUACUUCCCCGACGACAUCUUCUACGACUGGCACACGGGUGCCGCCCUGCGCGGCCGCGGAGCCACUGUCACCCUCAGCAACAUCGACGUGACCGAGAUCCCCAUCCACAUCCGCGGCGGCAGCAUCAUCCCCGUCCGGUCCGAGUCCGCCAUGACCACCACCGAGCUGCGCAAGAAGGGCUUCGAGCUCAUCAUCGCCCCGGGACUCGAUGGAACUGCCUCGGGCAGUCUGUACCUUGACGACGGCGACUCCAUCGAGCAGCGCGCCACCCUCGAGCUGGAGUUCACGUACCGCAAGGGCCGUCUCCGGGUGAAGGGCAAGUUUGGUUUCCGCACGGACUUGAAAGUCAACGCUGUCACCUUGCUUGGCCAGUCUGCGCCUGCAUCCAACUCUGCAAGCCAGGCCUCCUUUGACUCUGGCCGCCAGGCAGUGACCAUCAAGACGAGCCUGGAUCUCACCGGUCCUUCCGAGGUCGAUCUCAACUAGUACAGCAGUGUGAUUCGUCUUCGUACAGUAACUUAAAUUGAAUCCAGCCCUUGACAGUGUCAUAGGCGCAAGGGAUAAUAAACUAGUCCCUGUCAUGUCUCGUACAUAGUCCUUGAAAAUAGCAAGUUAGCACCAUGUACCUUGGAGUCACCACCACUUAGCAAACCACAUAAAAACAUGAUUCACU